AUGUUAUUCGUGUUCACGUUAAGUGCAUUAGCUUUGGGCUCCGCUUCAGUUGCACCUGAGAGGUCGUCCUCGGACCUCCUAGUUCAGGCAACAGUUGCCAUUCUACAUGACAGUUUCAUUCAGGAUGUUGAUACAGUUUUCGUGAAUAUACUUCUGGAAAAAGAAGAACUGUUUUUAGUUGAUGAAAUUUUGGUUCAUAUCGAUCAACCAAUGCCCGUCGAUAUCCAAUCAAUUCCUCAGCGAGCAAAGUUGGUCUCCAAACAACGUCACAAUCUACUCUUCCUGGAUUCAUGGCGUUCGAUCGAACGAUUGCAAGCCUUUCUCAGAUCCAAUCAGUUUGAUUUCACUGGACGUUAUCUGAUGGUUGUGACGCCAUCGGAGUCAGACUGCGCAAGUUUGGCAAAUGAACUUCUCGAAUUGACGAGCGAUCUUCUAAUCUACGACGUAAAUGUGUUAUGUUUGCAAAACGAGACAGUCGUCCUGAGAACGUACUUUCCAUAUGGACAUGAAAACCGUCCUUUACCGCAUAUUGAAACGUGGAAUACUUACCAUGCAUUGGGUUUUCAGCAAGAUGUACCGCACUACCCAAGAAAAUUGGAGAACUUUUUUGGAUUGCCGUUACGAAUUGCCAUUUUCCACAUGCCUCCGUUCAUGACGUUUACUCGUAAUGCGAACAACAGAAUUAUCGAUUAUGGAGGAAUCGAGGGAGAACUAAUCAAGGAAAUCUCCAAACAUUUCAACAUGACUUUAGACCCCGUGCAACCGAUGAGGAACUCUGGACUUCGAUGGGGAACACUUUCUGCAAAUGGAACUGGCAGUGGCGCCAUAGGUCUAGUGAUCAACGGAACUGUAGAUAUGGCCAUCAGCUUUUUUGGCAAUGAUCUGCUACGACAAAAAUUUAUGUCGUUUUCAAUGAGCUACUAUCAGAGCGCUUUGGUCCUGAUCGUUUCUCCCGGCACUGAAUAUGGAACCUUCGAUAAACUGUUCCUGCCAUUCCAAUUCACUCUUUGGAUCGCAUUCGUUAUAGUAUUCAUCAACGGACUGGUAACCAUUUUAAUCCUGCAGUUCUUUCCAUUACCCGUUCAACAGUUUAUUUAUGGCCGUGGAAACAGAGCUCCGUUCAUGAACUACUAUAAAGCAACCUUCGGCUACUCCGUAGAUCCCGAACCGACCCGCAAUUUUUCACGAUUUCUAGUUUUGCUAUGGAUCAUUUUCACCUUCGUUCUGCGUACAGCGUACCAAGAUCAAAUGUUUGGCAAUCUGCAUCGCCAACUGAAUCACUCCACUGUUCGUGGAUGGGACCAGUUCGUUUCUGAGGGCUACCGUAUCUUCAUCAAUCCGUCAGUUAUGUCCGUAUUUGAAGACGCCACCGACGAAAUCAAACAAUGCAUCACAUUCAUCCCGCAUGAGAUCUACACCCCCGUACUGCAGGAGAUUCGUCACGCCCGGCUUCGGGGAGCUCGGCUUAGCUACACUGAACUUGUCGACUAUCUCAAUCAAAACGCGCUGCUCGACGGAGGGCCCUUCUACGAACGAUUCAACGAACGUCUUUUUAGCUACGCAAUCCACGCAUUCUUCCCCAAGAACUCCCCACUGGUGCGGUACUUCGACGAACAAACCCAGGCUUUGGUUACGCACGGUUUCAUCGAGUAUUGGACUCAUUCCGCGCUGCGGCGAAAUCUGCUUCAAACUAUUCAAGCACGUGCCCGCCAAGCCUAUGUUACACGACCGUUAGUCCUCAGAAUGCUGGGCGGAGUUUUCGGACUGUUCGGAUUGGGACUCGUUUGCGCUGGAAUAGCGUUUCUAGCGGAAAAUGCGAUGGCUUACUACAAGAAGUCCAAGUCCUAA